AUGCGCUGGAGGAGGACGUGGGGGGCCCACGCGUCACAGCAUGUCGUCGUCUCUGACGCCAUCGAUACCCCAAGGCUCAGUAAGGAAAUGACGUUACCCAUCCAGUGGAGCAAUGACAGUCUCACUUCGAGUGACUGCGUACUGUCACUAGAGUACCAUCUUCUACCUGAAACCGGGCACGUUGGAGCUCACCGAGGCGCCAGACUCGGUGGAGUGGGUGCAGCAAGAGCAUCGGUGGAAGGAAGACGCCGAGGAAAAGAGGUGGAAGCUAGCUCAGCGUUGUCUGGGCUCCGCCGGUACCGUUUCGUUGGCAACGACGAUUGA